AUGGGAAGAGAUGGAGGGUCUGCUGCCAGAGUAAUUCUGAAACAUGUAGACUUUGAGAAAGUGAUAAUAUGUGAUAUUGGUCGAGAGGUUGUUAACGUAUGUUGCGAGCAUCUCACAACAAAUCAUGAGGCCUUUAAUGAUGAGAGGCUUCAAAUUGUCUACAAUCAUGCAGUGGCCAAGCUAGAAAAUUCUGAAGAGAAGUUUGAUAUCAUCUUAGGAGAUCUUUCAGACCCGAAUGAAUCCGGGCCUUCCAACAAUCUCUACACAAGAUCCUUUCAUGAGGAUGUUGCCAAACCUAAACUCAAGGAGAAUGGUCUCUUCGUCUCUCAAGCUUAUGGAAGAGACUUGUAUCUUAACCGAAGAAAAUGUGGAAUUUGUUCGUGGAUCGGGGGAGUUUGCAAUGAUGCCUAA